AUGGCACCAACAACACGCCACCGCAGUGGAGGCGGACCAACCGUGCCUAGCUCACGAGACGCGUCCCACGCUACUAUUAGCGAUGAGGAACAUACCGAACCUCCUGCGGCAAGCACGCGUCAAGCGCACUACUCGCCACCUGACCGCGAGAGUAGUGAGACCACUCAAUCAAGCGGAACCCCAGAACUAACUCAAGACCUCAACGCGAUAAGGCUCGCGGCGCGUCACGCAGAACUAAAGCGCAGAGUACUUGAGAAAAGACGACUUGAAGAGAUUGAGAAUAUGGAAAGAGAACUGGCUGGUGAGACACCAAACAAUCCGGUGCAGAUAGAAGACACCACGCCACCAAGCCGCAAGCGCAACGCGGAAGACCCUACGGACCGCGCGGCUAAGUAUCUCAAGCCGAACCCUCCUAAGGAGUUCAAGGGACAAAGUCUCGGCGAGCUCCGUGCCUACCUCGACGCAUGGCAACUGCGAUUCGGUAUUUACCCAAGCCUCUCAGACAAAGAGCGCAUUGCCCAGGCAGCCACUUCACUAGGCGAUAUUGCGGCAUCUCGAUGGCUAAGAGAACCAGAGUCGCUCCGACCUACCACUUGGAUAGGGUUCUCAGAAUUCCUACGAGAUAUCGUACAAGACCCUACGAACCGCAUAGCAUCCGCACUCAGGAAGCUAUGGCGCUACCAUCAAAGCGAUAACCAAAGCGCAAGAGAAGUCCUGGAGGACCUGGCGCGCCUACGAGAAGACGUGGCCACUCUCAAAGAGGAAGAAAGACAUGCAUGGGAAUUCCUCCUGGCCCUCCGACCAGAGACUCAACUCGCUGUGCUCCGGGAGCUACCAAAGAUUACUAGUCAGGAACUUGUCCUACGCUACGCAGAACGACACGAGGAACUCGCGCGGACGUACGAGGGCCAAAGGGGAGGUCGACGGUCACAGGCGAAUCGCAAGCGCCUCGAUACGCCUACGGAUACCACUAUCACCACCAGUCAACCACAAGCCGAUACGGAGACAAAGAAAGACCGCCGACCAAGAUCCUCCUAUAAGAGAGAAAAGCGCCUUGCAGGCCCAGACGAUGAAUGUCACCUUUGCCACGAGAAGGGGCAUUUCCAACGAGACUGUCCUAAGAGGAACCAAGAGGAUAGUCAACUAUCCGCACCCUUAUCGCAGGCAAAUAGUAAGCGAAAGGAAAAGGAUGAAAAGACAAAAAAAUGA